CGAAGCCCACACAUCCCGGAGCCGCACAGACAUGGAUGCACUGCAGGCCCUCAAUGAAGCGCCUCUUAAGGCCGUGUUUUUGGGACACUUUAUGUUGAUUUGUUGGUGUCUUAUAGGCAAUUGGCUGCCGGCGUCGUACAUGUUUUACAACACCUUUUUCAUGCUCUGCCUCUUGUGGUCAAUGCAUUCACGCGACUCACACGACCCCAUCCUCAUCGCCACUCUCAUCAACCUCUUGUCCAUCAUUUUGGACGCCAUUACUAUCGGCGUCUACUAUGACGACGCCCACAACCGGCCCUGUAUGGCCAUCACAAACCUGAUGCUUCGGCCGAUCACAUCACUGGUUCUCUUACGCAUAUAUAACGAGAGGAACGGCAGAUACUCGACCUUCGGAUUCCCCGGUCUGGGAGGCCUUAACCCGAGCGGUGGCCCCGCCGGUGGUGGCGGAAACACCGGUCGCGGCUCCUACGAGAACAUCGACGGCAGUGCCCCCCGACAGUCGGUGCCCAGUCCUAUACACGACGUCGAGGCCAAUCACCCGCCCUACAAGUGAGAGAAAGGGGGGUUUUGGGAACUCCUAUUAUGUUGUCAAACGGUAUAUCCGACACAUCUUCCAAUCAAACGAUUAGUUUUUGGAUAUUAUUUGAAUUUAUAUUUUAUUAUACGAUUAAUAUAAAAAAAAGUUUUACUCUCAAUAUCUCUAACGCUAUAUAAAUAAUGACAUAAUUAUAUAAGUUUUACCCCCAAUACUGAUGACAUUUUUAAUUCUAGUCUAUGUUUUGCCAAUAAAUCUCGUAAAUUAACAAAUAAUCUGAAUAUUAAUGAUGCGAAUCAUGUUUGAAGCUAUAAUUGUAGUCUUAUUUACCCAUAAAAUUAAUUAUGUUUCUGAUUAUUUUCCAAAAAUAAUUGGUUUAUAUUUAUG